GCUGCUGCCGUGGACAAGCAACAAGUUGUUGAGAGGGUGGAGGAUCUUCUUUCUUUUUUCCAGAAACUCGCAGAAGAGAAGGAAAAUACUGCCGUCCCCGAGAUGGAUGAUGAAGGACUUUUCAAGAUGAAAGGUUGUGAAGACCAUCAGGAGGGAGAUGAGUGGGGUACAUCUGAUCAUGACAACUGUAACUGCCAAGGACCAUAUCGUUUCUGCUAUCAUGUUGACUGCCUUUCUGGUUCUGAGAUCGCCCGUGACUCCAAAGGUCUCUGGGACUGUCCAGGCGGUUUUUCAGCUGAUGACACUGUAGCUGAGAACAAUAAGAACGACGUAGACAUGAGCAUGCUGGAGAAGAGCCUUCUUCAGAUACUGCAAGAAGAUGCUCCUGAGCCUAAGGCAGUGGAUAAUGCAGAGACUCGUGCUGUUGCAGACAAAAAUGAUCUCGACCUCGGCGGGGUAGCUGACGACGGACUUGUCAGAAACGGAGGUUGUGAAGGCCACCAGCCAGGAGAACAGUGGGGCUCAUCUGACCACGACAACUGCAUCUGUGGAGAAUCAGAUCGCAUCUGCUAUCCUGUUGUCUGUCUUCCUGGUUCUCAGAUUAAACCUGACUCCAACCGCCUCUGGACAUGUGAAGUUGAUUCAUCUAAAAGAGACAUAACAGCAGCUGCUGCCGUGGACAAGCAACAAGUCAUUGAGAGGGUGGAGGAUCUUCUUUCUUUUUUCCAGAAACUCGCAGAAGAGAAGGAAAAUGCUGCCGUCCCCGAGAUGGAUGAUGAAAAACUUUUCAAGAUGAAAGGUUGUGAAGACCAUCAGGAGGGAGACGAGUGGGGUACAUCUGAUCAUGACAACUGUAACUGCCAAGGACCAUAUCGUUUCUGCUAUCAUGUUGACUGCCUUUCUGGUUCUGAGAUCGCCCGUGACUCCAAAGGUCUCUGGGACUGUCCAGGCGGUUUUUCAGCUGAUGACACUGUAGCUGAGAACAAUAAAAACGACGUAGACAUGAGCAUGCUGGAGAAGAGCCUUCUUCAGAUACUGCAAGAAGAUGCUCCUGAGCCUAAGACAGCGGAUAAUGCAGAGACUCGUGCUGUUGCAGACAAAAAUGAUGUCGACCUCGGCAGGGUAGCUGACGACGGACUUGUCAGAAACGGAGGUUGUGAAGGCCACCAGCCAGGAGAACAGUUGGGCUCAUCUGACCACGACAACUGCAUCUGUGGAGAAUCAGAUCGCAUCUGCUAUCCUGUUGUCUGUCUUCCUGGUUCUCAGAUUAAACCUGACUCCAACCGCCUCUGGACAUGUGAAGUUGAUUCAUCUAAAAGAGACAUAACAGGAUCAGCUCAUGAGUUGAUUGAAAGAGAAAAGCGGUUCGAUAUAACAGCUACGGGGGCUGCGACAGCGUUUGGCGUUUUCACAGGCGUUGUCGGCUUAAUCGGGUUCGCGUUGGACCGCUACGAGUCUGCACAAACGACAGCACAGCUGAACGAAAUACAGGAUCAGAUCCGUAAGCUGGACGGAAAGAUAGACGGCUUGACACGAAGCGUCAGUGACCUACAACUGGGACAGCAGUACCUUCAACAAGUCAUCCUGUACGGCAGAGACGAACUACGACUAAGGAACGUGCUGGACACCCUUGCCAGUAUCCGGGCCCGUAAUGGCCGGUAUGUUGGCAGCGACGUACAAGGUUGGGCAGACAGCGUCCUCAGCCAUGAUUCAGAUGGAAUCAGAAAUGUGUUGUCCAACAUGUUGGACAUGGUAAAUCCACGGUCAUCACUGUUUGGAGGAAAAUCUCUUUUCGAAAUAUAUCGUAAACAACUGAAUAGUAUAGGGGGAGACCUGGAACAUAAUAUGGUGAAGAUGCGACUCAAAGUUGCGCAGGUCUACGGACUGAUCGGAGGUGGAUACUCUGCGUGGGCAACAGCUCUGCGAAUCAAGGGGCGGAAACAUGAAAUUCCAUCGAUAGUACGAACGGGGAAAGGAAAACUCAGCAGUGUGAAACGAAUCCUGCAAAAAUAUGUUGAUUAUGGUACCUGCCAUGGAGGCUAUCAACGAAAGAACAGGAAGUGCUACAAAGCAUUCGGAUUCCUCAAGGCAUGGCACGAUGCAUCUGCCUACUGCCGAAGACAGGGAUCAGGAGGAAAUCUUGCAAUGCCAAAAGACAGAAGUACUGACAAUUUCGUUAUCGAGUUGAAAAAUGCUAAAAGCACUUCAAAACAGUUUUGGUUUGGACUGAAUGACGGGGGGAGCGAAGGCCGAUGGAAAUGGAAUGAUGGCACGACUUACAGUCGGAUGUAUUACAAUAACUUUACACCAGGUCAGCCUGAUAACGGCUAUUGGAAAGAUUGGUUGGGCCGUUACAAGCGCAAUGAAGACUGUGCAUUGUAUUAUGAGGCAAACAAGGACACCUGGAACGACACCUGGAACGAUGUAGACUGUAGCCUGGAAAGAUACUUCAUCUGUGAGCGGACCCCCUUUGGAUUAUACUGACCAGAACACUUCCUGACAAUAUGGUGAAUCGCUCAGAGGAUGCAGUGCUAUGACUAUUGCUUGUGAAUUUACCGGUAUACCCAUUUUGUAAUGCACAAGCUCUUAUUUACUUACUCUAUCAAUACCCAUGUACUUUCGAUAACAAAAUCUGCAAAAUUAAUCAUUUUGAUUUAAGUUGUGUCGUUCUUAUGGUAAAUGACGGCAUGUUUACAUAGGCAUCAUCUCCCAUUCAUUGUCUUUUUUUAAUGCAUAAAAUGAAAGCAUGAGACUACUUUUCCAUAACCGUUUUAUAAAAUUCCCCAUUCCAUCAAACCUUGUUUGGGGGUUAGAUCCAAACAACUCAAUCUAACUACUACUGAAUUUGUUGUAAUGUGCUUUAUUAUCAGUACACUAUGAAAAAGGAACAAUCUUCUUACUUUUUCGACCCCCCCCCCACUCUCUUCCAACCCCUUUUUUCAAAUUUACUACCAGACUUGAGACUCUAUCUGAUACCAUCCAUAAAAUACACCAUGUAUGGCUGAUUGCGACAAUAUCUUUACAUAUAAUCUUUUUUUAUUACAUUUACAAUUAAGAACAUGUGCGAUUUACUUUUGCAGUCAAUGUUAGCUUAUGCUUGUCUGCUACUUUGAUGAAUCUGGUGUUUACAUGCCAUUUACUAAGUAAACUGUAUUUUGCCUUGGUUAUGGGGUGAGGCAUUUCCUUAUCACAGACUGCAUGUAAAGUGUAUCACCGUAGCCUGCUUAACAGGAUCCGUCCUAUUAUUGAUGUAAUUCUUCGCCCAAAUCAGAAUGGCUUUCGCCAAAGCCGAUCCACUACAUCACAUAUUCUAGUCCCUUGUAAGAUCCUUGAGAAUGUGUUCAGGAAACUCUCAAGUCUUUGUACGAAUGAACUUUUACAAAGGCUGAUCAGACUGAAGUCAUGAUUUUACAUGUACACGGCAGAAAACCUUCAGUAGCUCUUCAAUGCUAAUCAUGGA